AUGAAUUUACGUGACCCCCGCACAGGCGAUAAUCGGGCGCCUACACCGGACCCUCAUGUAGAGUCCAUCACGGCGGCAUCAGGCACUCGACGUCCUCCUGCCCUUCCUCUCCCAUGUCCACCUAAUCCCGCGCCUGGGACCCUCGUCGUCCUCGCUGCCCCCGACGCCCCGAUGCAAGUCUCGCCCGUAUGCUCCCCGACGUUCGUGGGCUCGCCCACCACCCCGUCUGCCAGGACCCGUCCGCCGCUCCCCCAUGGCCCUCGCGGCCCCAAGUCUGCGUCCAAGAGCUCGCCCAAGAGCGCGAUACCCCUUGAUACGUUCCAGCGCUGCGAGGAGGCGACGCCCGCGUACUCCAGCCCGCGCUCGUCCACGGCAUGGUCGCCCUCCUCGCCCGCCUUUUCAGGCCUCGGCCCCGACGCGCCGUCCGAGUGCGGCUCCUCGGCCUCGCGGAGAAACACGACGAGCAGAGGCGUCCAGACGUCCGUGGGAGAGUCCGUUGCCCCCUCCCGGACUGUGUCAGGAUCGCCGGCGGUAAAGGUCCUCAAGAAGAUGGCCGCGCUCAGCCAGCCCCCGCCUCCCAAUUUCGAGUCUGUGCCCGUGCAAUGGCGGGGCAUGACCCUGGAAGCAGCACAGUGGAACAUGACGUCGGAGCAGCUGCAGGAGAUCGUCUCUGUAGCCAUCCGUGCGUCCGCACAAGAGUCCUUCAUACGCCUGGUUCCCCUCCAAGUCUACAACGAGGAGCUGGGCAAAGAAGUCGAGCGUCUUGAAGUGCUCAAGGCGACGACUCAGUCGCAGUACCGGUUCAACGUGCACCGGAGGAUGAUGCUUAUGCGAUCGCUGAACGCACUGUCCUUCGCUCCAUCCUCGGAGGGCGGCGACUACGAAGCACUGGUAAAUUUGACCUGCCAGCUCGCAGAAGUCACUGCGUCCUGUGAUCGGCUGAUGGAGACCCUUCUCACCGUCUCCGACCAGCGCGCGCAGAUCCAGCGUAUUCAGGACGUGCACGUGGCCUCUGCGCUAGGCAUAGCGCUCCGGAAGCUCAAUGCAUCCUACGGGCGGCGCGCCACCGACCUUGCUACCGCCCGGGCCAAGGUUGACGAGCUAACCGAGGAACUCGAGGAAGCGUGGAAGGUAGCAGAAGAGCUCGCCCAGGAGAUGGACGACCUGGACAACUUCGAGUUCCCGUAUCCUGACGAACAGUUCGGGGAUACCAGCGCUGUGAUCGGGGAGACGAGCACAGAACGCAGCGUACAGCUUGCGGAGGUGAUAGAGAUCACAGGGAAAGCGGUCGCCACAAAGGCCGCAUAUGCGAACGUCUCGACUCCCCAGUCACAAGUCGCCGACCGUGCGAGCCGGGUGUCAGCUGCGAGACGGCGGAGCGUCCGGGCGUCCAAAGCGAGUCUAAGGCUCCCGAGGUCGCCAAAGUCACCUCCACCAAGCGCUUUCGAGCAGUCGGCCACGCUUCGGCGGGCGCGGAGCCGAAGCAAGAGUAGACGGCGUCCAUCUGUCGUGACGGACAGUGAAGCGCCCCAGAUACCCACCAUCCAGGUCGAUACCGCCACCUACAAAGGUGGAUCAUUUCUGGAAUUGACAGAGACACGGCCUACGUCUCCAGCAACGACAGCAUCCCCAGAGGCGCACCCACCGCUACCACAACUCAUUGUCAUGAGCCCGACCUCAAAACGGGAAACGCUCGACGUACCUUCGCUUUCGCCGCAUAUGGCGCUACCAUCACCGGCAUUUGAUCGCACCAUUAUACCACCCCUCACCACGUCUGGUGCGAAGGAUGACGCCUGGCACCGCACGGAGCACGAGCGGAGAGCGUCCGCACGACGCGUGCAGUCUUGGCAACCACGCUCGCGCACGGAUCCGCUGCCCCAGACGCUCCUCGCGGCAUUGCGACGCGCGAAUUCUGACCAUCGGAGACCCAGUUCAAGCUGGCUUGUCCAAGAAAAUGCGAGACCACCGAAAGCCAAGAGAUACUCGGUGCGGGUAGCCAAGGAUCCGCUGGAGAACGUACUUGACACGAAGGGUACCGCCUCGAUGUACGAAGCAGCAGGGAACGAAGCGUGAUCAGAUUUUCCCCUAGUGUAUCGCAUAUCCAUUAGUGUAUUCGCCGGCUGGGCACCUUUAGUCGCUAUUCUAAUCACCUAAUAUUGUACCUUUGGUUCCCGACGUUAGCUCUAGUUCGCCGAGCGACUAGUAUCAGUGUUACACAAUCGGACUGGAAGAAUAUCGUUAUAACUGGAAUGCUCUGGAAUGUAUCGCGCUAUAUACAAUGCAUUAGUAUC